GCCACUCGCCUAGAUGCAGUCUAUAAAUGAUGCUGAUCGAUGUUGCUCCGAUGGUGAUGAAUCAGGUAGUAAGAACCCUCAUGUUCCUCCUCCACUUCUUUUUCUCCGUAAAUGCGUUGCGCACACUACCCGCUGACCCAUGCGAUCCCACGGCCCAGCGGGACCCACGGACGCUCCGUUCAGACCAGGUAACGGUCCUCAUCAACGGCUACUCCGAGUCCCGCAUCCCUCUCCUUUUGUCACUGGCUACCGCGUACGCCGGGUCCCCUCUGGUAUCCUCCGUGCUCGUCCUCUGGGGAAACCCCUCCACCCCAGUCCAAACCAUAGACCGAUUGGCCCAAAAUCUCUCGGUCUCCUCCCUCGGCGCGGCACCGAUCUCCCUGGUCCGCCAACCAUCGAAUAGCCUCAACGCUCGGUUCCUCUCCCGCCCCUUCUCUAUCGGGACCCAAGCCGUUCUGAUCUGUGACGACGACGUGGAGGUCGACCACCGAUCGUUCGGUUUCGCGUUCAAAAUCUGGGGAUCAAAUCGGGACCGUCUGAUCGGAUUCUUCGUAAGAUCGCACGACCUAGAUCUGUCGAGGAAGGAAUGGAUUUACACGGUACACCCAGACAAGUACUCCAUCAUGCUGACCAAGUUCAUGAUCUUGAAAACCGAGUAUCUGUUCAAGUAUAGCUGUGGAGGUGGGGCGACAAUGGUGGAGGCGAGGAGGAUCGUGGAUCGAAUGCGCAACUGCGAGGACAUCCUAAUGAACUUUGUGGUGGCUGAAGAGACGAAUGCAGGGCCCAUACUGGUAAGGGCUGAGAAGGCGAGAGAUUACGGGGAUCCACGCAAUGACGGCGGUGAUGAACGCCGGGGAUCGAUGGAAGAGGGAGUGAAGGAGGUGGGGCUGAGCAGUAGGAGAGGAGCGCACAGGAAGAGGAGGGGAGAGUGCAUAAGGGAGUUCCAUAAGGUGAUGGGAAGAGUGCCUCUGAGGUAUGGUUACGGGAAGGUAGUUAAUUCCGUUGGUGAACAGGGAUUGUGCGAGAAGGGAGGGCAAUUGGUGUUUUGCGAUCAAUGACAGUGAAAGUGCGUAUGGAUUAGAGAUAGUUUUGGUACUAUGAAGAAAGAAUUUCUUUUUUUGAUACAUUUGGAUGGGGACUUUGAACUUCAGACCUUCAAAAUUGAAAAAAUUAUGUCAAUCAUGCCACAAGCAUUUAAUAUCGAAAGAAUUUCCUAGGUACUUUGUUGAACAUGUUAAUGUAGAUCAAAGUAUUCAUGCCUUGGUGAUAAUUCAGUUUCACAUGUAAAAGAGACUUCAUUUGAAAUACAAUAGGAGGAUAUUGCUCAUUUUUGGCAAGUCUUGUGGUCAUUCAAGUAUAGUUCAUUGAAGAGAGAUGGAGAAAAUGAUUCCUGGCAUGGUCAGAUAGUUGAAGACCUGCAGCAGUGUCUGAAAUCUUGUGGCUAGUGGAAGCUUGGGUUUAGUCAUCGUGAAGGUAACGAAGUGGCUCAUCAUUUGGCAAAGAUGGCAUUGUAUUGCAGUAAUGAUCAAUACUGGUUAGAAGAGCUGGAAAAUGACAAGUUGUAUAGUCAAAUACUCGGACCCCUUAAAUACACGAACAGCUUUCAGGCGUCUACAUUGCACAUUAUAGUCCCAGAUAUUAGUAGAUAACAUCAUUGGAAUUUCUUCACCCUAACUUUCUGUACAUUGAAGAAUAUUCAUAAUUGCAGCGCUUGAAGAGUUUUGAACUGUAUGGUGUAUCCCUUAAUAUCUUGUUCAUUCAACCAAAUGAUUUCUAAGUAGAGCAAAAUCUGAAGGCUUAAUGAUUCCUUGUCCAAAAUUGAGUUGGGGAAAUGGAACAUUAGAUUUCACUUCCUAGCUACGAGAUGGUACUUUUCUAAACCAUUUGAAACUAUAGUUUAUUUGUAACUAAAUUUCUCAUUGAUCGGAGCGGAUAUUCAGCUUAAUCAAGUCGUGGCAAACUUGUUCCGGCAUUACACAAUAGAAAACACUGCAGUCCGAAGUCAUCAGUGCCAAACCAAACGCGGGAUGUGGUGUGGCCCUGUAUUGAAACAUCAACGGGAUGCUGUCACUCGCAUAAUCAACACACUACAUGGGGAGGACAAACAACUUCGGCACACGGCAGCAUCCGAUGAGAAGAUUAUUUCCUAUGGACAAAACAACUUAAAACGGAUAUCAUUACAUUUAUCAAAACAAUUGGCAGAGGUUGUAAUUUUAUCAUACAGUUGGUAGGCUUUCUUGCAUUAAGCUUAAAUCUUCAUACAUAAAUCAUUUAGGAAAAAUAUUUGCAUCAACUUACUAUUCAUCACAAACUCAACACGCUUAGUGUAUUGAGGUUUUAAAAAAAAAAAAAAAAAUUUAAAUGCAUGGUGUGUGAAGUGUGUAAGCUGAUGCAUAGAAUUACCCAAUCAUUUAUGAACACCAAGGACUCUCCUAUCAACGACAGUAGCAUUUUCGUGGUUCCACUGAAAGACUAGGGAAGAAAAAACAAACAAAAGAAUGUACUUGAGCUUACUAGACCAGCUUCAAAGACAUCUCAGCAAGUCUGAAGAGCAAAAGACAUUGAUCUACGAGCAGUUUAACACCUUCUUUGCCAUUAGAUCUGGCAAAGAGGCUGCCUGAAUUACUACUCAUACAAAAAUUAUAGGAGUAAAUUAGCAAUUGAAAAAUAUAUCAUUCUGGAAUAAGAAGAUCAAAACCCAGGAAAAGAUGUAUCAGCCAGAUCCAAGAAAUCCGCCAUCUUUAAUAGAGUCGUGACGAAUAAGGGUGAUAGGUUGAAAAUUUAUUAUGGGGACUAUAUUCAUCUCUAUGGCACGGUAUUUGUUAGCCAAAGAGCCAAACUCAAGUCCCAUGUUGAAAUAUACUUUCCUGGAAUUGAUACUCCGUCGAUCCAUAAAUGAUGAAAACAGAACCCAGUGGAAUUAUCAUAGGGGAAGUGCAAAAUGAGCUUCUUACGCCAUAUGUAAACUAAGAAAACCUAAGCCGAACUCAGAUCUGGCCCUGCGGCUAUGGCUUAUCCUCUGUCAGGGUAAAACCCUAA